AUGAUCGGCACCCUUGCAACAGAUAUCACUCGCAGGCUCGACUAUACUUACUAUAAUCUGUUGGAGAAGCUCGCCGCUCUCCACGUCACGAUUGCUUGCUUCCAAGAACUCUCUGAUUCGACGUCGACACUCCUCACAGACUUUGAGCGAGAGACCACUAACCUGGACCAGGACACUCGAAAGCAAAUUGGGGACCUCAAAGACUUUCAGCCGCAGAUACAGAAGAUCGAGGCCUUGGAAGAACGUAUGAAGGCGGGAAGAAUGAGGGCUGAAGCGCUUAGCUGUAGGCUCGAAGGAAUGCGGAACGAAAUUGACCGCUGGGAGAGAAAAGAGGCAGAGUGCCAAAUACGAAUCAGUCGCCGCCUCCGUAUAUUUUGGGGGUUGAUCACAGCAGGAAUUCUCGCUCUCGCCGUAGCUCUUAUUGUCCAAAACUGGAUUAUUUCAGAGUCGCCGGAGUCUGACAUGACCUCGCAAGCAGCGACCGUGACAAACAGCUCUACUGAGGCCCUUGUGCACGAGCAAGAAAGUGGGAUCCAUUGGCUGGCCACAGAUAUUCCUGAAGAUAGAUAUGCGCUGUCUCAAUAUUCAUCGAAGCUAAUCUCUCGUCACGAUACCCGCUACGCUACUGACCCGGUAACCUGGACGUCUGCUAAUCCCGAGGAUGCGAGGGCUACUGACCAAGAUCGGUUGAGAAUUUUCGACGAACUCUGA